GCUAUCCAUCUCAACUCAACAUCAAAAGCAAAUUUGAUGUUUGAGAGAGAAGAGGUCAGAUCUUCACACACCUGCUGAGAACAUGAAGAUGAAUCGUGUGGUUUUGGUCCUGGGCUUCGUCCUGAUCAUGGGGCUCUACUCAGAUGCUCAGCCUAUGGGUACUGAACAUAUCGGAGAGCCUAAAGAAUGCUGUUUUGAGUUUUUCACUGGCAAAAUUCCUCCUGAAAAGAUCCUGAAGGCUAUAAAGACAGACUCACGCUGUCCACAGCAAGGCAUCAUUGUUACUACUCCUAAGCUCCCCAGACUGUGUGUUCGUGAAGUCACCAUCAAAUUAAAAGCUUAAAGCAUCUUAAUGCUGCAACUGAGAUGCAACACACACCAUUUAUUAUGAUGCUUAUGGAUGUUACUGAUGCUUAAUGUGAUUCAGAUUCAAAUAAAGUUAUAAUGCACCACUGA